AGCAAAAGCGGAAGGUUCCACUGGCCGGUUGCUGUCAUUUAGGAGUCAGGGAGGACAGGGCAGUUGUUCAGUCGAGGAUUAGCUUCACAUUCAGUCUAAAGCAGGUAGCACCGAGCGAGCCUCCAGGCAUGGCCAAGCCGCUGACAGACCACGACAGGAGGAAGCAGAUUUCAGUCCGGGGACUGGCCGGGGUGGAAAAUGUAGCGGACCUGAAAACUAAUUUCAACAGGCACCUCCACUUCACCCUGGUGAAGGACCGAAAUGUUGCGACCAAACGGGACUAUUACUUCGCCCUGGCCAACACGGUCCGAGACCACUUGGUGGGCCGCUGGAUCCGAACGCAGCAGCAUUACUAUGACAAGGACCCGAAACGUGUCUACUACCUCUCCCUGGAGUUCUACAUGGGUCGGACUCUGCAGAACACCAUGGUGAACCUGGGCCUGGAGAACGCAUGUGAUGAGGCUACCUACCAGCUGGGUCUGGACAUGGAGGAACUGCAGGACAUCGAGGAAGACGCCGGCCUAGGAAACGGAGGCCUGGGCCGCCUUGCUGCUUGUUUCCUGGACUCCAUGGCCUCCCUGGGGCUUGCGGCUUAUGGAUAUGGAAUCCGUUAUGAGUUCGGUAUCUUCAAUCAGAAAAUCAUCAAUGGCUGGCAGGUAGAGGAAGCGGACGACUGGCUGCGCUACGGGAACCCCUGGGAGAAGGCUCGACCUGAGUACAUGCGUCCGGUCCACUUCUACGGCAGGGUGGAACACACAUGUGAAGGAGUGAAAUGGGUCGACACACAGGUAGUUCUGGCUCUGCCCUAUGACACCCCGGUUCCUGGCUACAGGAACAACAUCGUUAACACCAUGAGACUCUGGUCCGCCAAGGCUCCCUGUGAAUUUAACCUCAAAGACUUUAAUGUUGGUGGUUACAUCCAAGCUGUCCUGGAUAGAAACCUGGCUGAGAACAUCUCCAGGGUUCUGUACCCCAACGACAAUUUUUUUGAGGGGAAGGAGCUGCGUCUGAAGCAGGAGUACUUUGUUGUAGCAGCGACUCUUCAAGACAUCAUCCGGCGAUUCAAAGCCUCCAAGUUUGGCUCCACAGAGUUUGUGCGAUUAGACCUGUCUAAGAUGCCAGACAAGGUGGCCAUCCAGCUGAACGACACCCACCCUGCUCUCGCUAUUCCUGAGCUGAUGAGGAUCCUUGUGGAUAUUGAGAAACUUGAGUGGGAGAAGGCUUGGGACAUUGUGAUUCGCACUUGUGCCUACACCAACCACACGGUCCUGCCUGAAGCUCUGGAGCGCUGGCCUGUCGACUUGUUCCAGAACCUGCUACCUCGACACUUGGAGAUUAUUUAUGAGAUAAACAGGAGACAUCUGGAGCGCAUCUCUACCGUCUACCCUGGAGAUCAUGACCGUCUGCGCCGAAUGUCUUUGAUCGAGGAGGGAAACGUGAAGAAAAUCAACAUGGCUCACCUGUGCAUUGUGGGGUCUCACGCCGUCAAUGGAGUGGCCCGCAUCCAUUCAGAAAUCAUCAAAAACACUGUGUUCAAGGACUUCUACGACUUGGAUCCUCAGAAAUUCCAGAACAAGACCAAUGGGAUCACACCCAGGCGAUGGCUGGUCAUGUGCAACCCGGGCCUGGCUGAGGUCAUUGCUGAGAGAAUCGGUGAGGAUUACAUCUGUGACCUGGACCAGCUCAAGAAGCUUUUGGAUUUUGUGAAUGAUGACGCCUUCAUUAGAGAUGUUGCAAAAAUCAAACAAGAGAACAAGCUGAAGUUUGCUGCCCACCUGGAGGAGCACUACAAGGUGAAGAUCAACCCCAACUCCAUGUUUGAUGUGCAGGUGAAGAGGAUCCAUGAGUACAAAAGGCAGCUGCUCAACUGUCUGCACAUCAUCACAUUCUACAACCGUAUUAAAAACGAGCCCAAUAAGUUAUGGACCCCUAGGACUAUCAUGAUUGGAGGAAAGGCAGCUCCAGGCUACCACACUGCAAAAAUGAUCAUCAGGCUGAUCACAGCCAUCGGGGAUGUUGUCAAUAAUGACCCUGUGGUGGGCGACCGCCUUAAGGUCAUCUUCCUGGAGAACUACAGAGUCACUCUGGCUGAAAAGGUCAUUCCCGCUGCGGACCUAUCAGAGCAGAUCUCCACAGCUGGCACUGAGGCCUCUGGCACUGGGAACAUGAAGUUCAUGCUGAACGGCGCCCUCACCAUCGGCACCAUGGAUGGAGCCAAUGUGGAGAUGGCAGAGGAGGCUGGAGAGGAAAAUCUCUUCAUCUUUGGCAUGAGGGUGGAAGAUGUGGAGGCAAUGGACAAGAAGGGCUAUGAUGCCAUCUGUUACUACAACCGUAUCCCUGAGCUGAAGCAGGCCAUGGACCAGAUAUCUGCAGGCUUCUUCAGCCCUGGAGAGCCUGAGCUUUUCAAAGACCUGGUCAACAUGCUGAUGCACCAUGACAGGUUCAAAGUGUUUGCAGACUAUGAAGACUACAUCAAAUGCCAGGAGAAGGUCAACGCGCUCUACAAGAACCCUAAGGAGUGGACCAAGAAGGUGAUCCAUAACAUCGCUGGCUGUGGAAAAUUCUCCAGUGACCGCACCAUCUCCCAGUACGCAAGAGAGAUCUGGGGGAUGGAACCCAGUUUGGAGAAGAUUGCUGCCCCAGAUGACCCUCGCUAAAGCGCGACAGCUGCUUCUAUCCUCCACUGUAGCUUGCCAUGUGCUUAGCCUCCCCCC